ACCAAAGCCUGCGACGGUAGAAUACAAUAGUAGAAAGAAAUGAGUAGGAGGAACAAUUGGUACCAUGCAACCCAGUUAAUGCAACAUGGCUUCCUGUAGCCAGGGGAGUUCCCCUCACAUGACACUUCUUACUCAAUACAGACAUGUAUUUCUUGUUCUCCACACACAGUCCACAAAGUUAAGAAGGCAACCAAGAGUUCAGACGAGGUGUAAAGUAGAUGGGAUUUAUUGCAGUGGAUACAUCUUUGUGAUCACCAGUGGAAGGUUGUUUUUGUUGAGGCCAAAUUCUUCACAGGCUGUCUCCAUGGAAUCCAUUAUGAACACCACCACCUCCUUCCAGCCGCCGUCUUCUGCCUCCUUCUCUCUGCCCGUCCCCCUCUCAGCCAAGAUCGGCAUCGCCAUCCUGACUUUGGCGUUUAUUCUGGGCUUUCCCGGGAACCUGUUUGUGGUUUGGUCGGUGUUCUGCAAGGUGAAGAAGCGCUCAGUGACAUGCUUGUUGAUUCUGAAUCUGGCUGUGGCCGAUGCCUUGGUGCUGCUCAGUGCCCCUUUCUUCCUUCGGUACCUGGCUGGAGGCCGGGGGUGGGAAUUUGGCUCAGCAGGAUGCAAACUGGUGCAUUACUUGUGCAACGUGAACAUGUACGUGUCCAUCUACCUGAUCUGUCUGAUGAGCAUGGACCGCUGGUUGGCUGUCAAGAGGCCUUUUCUGUCCCAGAGGAUGAGAACCAAACGCUCCCUGUUGGUUGUCCUGCUGCUGGUCUGGGUCUUGGCGUUUCUCCUGGCGUUGCCGAUGCCUUUCUACCGCAGUAAUCUGAAGAAAGUAUUCCAAAACAACGUCACUUUGAGCUUUUGCAUCCCUUACCACUGGAAGAGUGUGGGCCACCCGGUCUUCCAGUACCUGUUUGAGACCAGCAUGGGCUGCCUGGUGCCCUUCUCCCUCAUCAGCACCUGUUACUCCUCCGUCAUCUGCCGCCUGCAAAGUGCCAAGUUUCAGCGCAGAGCACAAGGCAGGCGCCUGAUCCUGAUGAUCCUCUGUGCCUUUGCCAUAUUCUGGCUGCCCUAUCACAUAGUCAACGUCAUAGAGGUGGUCGGUCUAUUGCUGAACAGCGAGCCAGUGCUCAAAGCUGCUUCCACCGCCCGUCCCAAUGUCACAGCCUUUGCAUACUUCAGCAGCGCCAUAAAUCCGAUCCUCUACGUGUUCGCUGGCAGCUCCCACAUCCGCCAGGCUGGGUUCAGCUUCAUGGGCAAGAUGUUCGAGGCCACCAACUCAGAGAGCAGAAGCACGUCUACCUUCACCCGCAGUGGCCGCAGCAGCUCUUCACCAGAUGAAAGUUCUGUCCUGCAAACACUGUCCAUCAAACUGGGGAAACCUUUCAAAAGCAAGAACAAGGGAAGGAGCAGCAGUGUGGCAGACAAAGAGAUCAAUGAGCCUGAGCUCAGGACUCUGGCCAGUGUUGAGCAGUUAGAGUAACAUCUCUGAUAUUUUGCAUGGACUGCAUUUCAAAACUGGUUAGAUGCAGAUAAUGUUUGGGCCUUAACUUCCAUUUAGCUUUAAUACAUUAAGUUAAGACUAAGACAUGUUGUGUAUCCAGUCAUGGAGCAUAAUUUACUAAAGAUGAUAUCAAUGAAAUCAAAUUAUGUGGAAAUGGCGGCAGUGUUGGGAAUGAUGGAAGUGGCAGAAAUGGCGGGAAUGGUUGGAACGACAGAAAUGGCGGGAAUUGCAAGAAUGGCGGGAACAUUUGAAAUGGCAGCUCUACCACCAACAAAAUAUUUAAAGAUACGAUUACAAAAUGUAAAUAUAAUAAAUUUGUUUUGCAGAAUCUAAAGAGCCUCAAAAGCAGGCUUUGAUUUCAGAAAAAAUGAAGACUUUAAGUGUAUAUUAAAUGGAAAAAAAAUCAUUUUUUUCAAACAGAAAGCAGGAUCUUUAAUAGAAAAACCACAUUCCAAAAAAAUCUUAUUUAUAUCUACUUGGUGCACUGUUGGUCCAGAUUUGGACAAUUUAUUUAAAAUUUGUUUGCUAAGAAUUAUUGUUUUGACUUUUUUUAUAAGCUUACAAUACUGUUUAAGGUUUGACUUUGUGUAGCAGUGACUUAUUCACAUCACAAUGCAGCUAGAAUGAAAUUUGUAAUAUUUUGCAAAUAAAACUUUUAUAUUCC